GCGAUACUGGAACAGUUGGGAAGACGUCGACGUCCAUCGCGGCGAGGGGCAACACAAGUACCAAGUCGGAGAGGAGGAGUUUAACCACGGUGCCAUGCGAGUUCCGAAUGGAGUGAUGCCGAACUCGAAUCAGACCGUGUCCAUGCACCUUCGAGCCGGGUCGGGAGGCUUCAGCAACAUGCCGCAAGCACCCCUCAGCAGUCACGUGCAAAUGAUCAUGCACAAUUUCUUCCUCCUGCAGUGGAUGGUGCCGGAGCAGGCCGAAAAGAUCUUGCGGGCACCUGUGCUGCACGCCAGCACAGUCUUGCGGAACGUGCCGAGUGGGACCAUGGUGGCCGUUGGCAGCGGAGGCAACGUUGCCUUCACUGCCAACGGCCACCAUGGUGCCACUCGUUGCGCCGGCGCUCCCACCGUCACCUUCCUCGAUGCUGGAGAGGUGGUCGAAAUAGCAAAGCAGGCACGCUUGCGGUCCAAUCCGGUAUGCUCGGCAUUUGGAGUCUAUGAGCCGCAGGUGGCCGUGCGCAAGAAGCCUUCCUUGCAGGCACACCUGGUGGCCUUUCUCAAGACGGAAGAGAUGCACCACGUUACUCGUCGCUGGUUCUUGCAGGCAGGUAGGUUGUCGGCCAAGCAAGUCGUGCUUUUGAUUCGAUGCCGAACGCGAACAGUGGCCGCCGCCGUCGCACUGAGUGGGACUAUGGGGGUGGUCAUGCAAGAUGGAAUGGGGUGGGGAGGCUUCAUCGACACGCCAGCCGCAACUCCUCCAUCACCCUGCCCCAUCAGCAAUGAUGUGCAACUUGUCAUCGACAACAUCCUCCGCCUACAUUGCAUGGCACCGGAGCAGGCAGCAAAGGCCUUGAAGGACACAGCGGCCAUGCAGGGCCCAUAUGAGGAUUGA